CUGUGCGGGACCGAGAGGCAAAGUGCGGGGACGCUCCGGAGAGAAGAGGAAACCGUGGGGGCGGGACUCCGCCGCAGAGCAGGAUCCCCGGGGCGUGGAGCGGGACUUCUGGGGAACACCGAGCGCCCGGGAGCGAGCGGACCGGGAACCCCGGAGGCCAGGCGACACCGCUCGGGCUCGGUUCUAUGUAAUCUCAUUGGGCAACAACAGUGGAACUCGUCUGUCCAAAAUGGUUUAUGGUGAAUUUUUCCGCAGACCUGGCAAAGAUGCAGAACUUAUCAAUUUGAAUGUGGGUGGCUUUAAGCAAUCUGUGGAUCAAAGCACCUUGCUCCGAUUUCCCCAUACCAGACUCGGAAAACUUCUCAAGUGCCAUUCAGAAGAGGCUAUUCUAGAGCUGUGUGAUGAUUAUAGUGUGGCAGACAAGGAAUAUUACUUUGACAGGAAUCCUUCCUUGUUCCGAUAUGUUCUGAACUUUUACUAUACGGGCAAACUUCACGUUAUGGAAGAGCUUUGUGUCUUUUCCUUCUGCCAGGAAAUAGAGUACUGGGGGAUAAACGAGCUGUUUAUUGAUUCCUGCUGCAGCAAUCGGUACCAAGAACGGAAAGAGGAAGGUCCUGAAAAAGACUGGGAUCAGAAGAGCAACGACAGUAUGGACUCCUCCAAUGAAGAGUCAUCCAUAUUUGAUAAAGAGCUAGAAAAGUUUGAUAAUCUGUGUUUUGGUGAAAUAAGAAAGAAGAUCUGGGUCAGGAUGGAAAAUCCUGCAUACUGCUUGUCUGCCAAGUUAAUUGCCGUGUCAUCCCUGAGUGUUGUUCUGGCAUCAAUUGUGGCCAUGUGCAUUCAUAGCAUGCCAGAAUUUCAAAGGCUGGAUGCCAGUGACAGGGAGAUUGGAGACCCUGUGCUGGAAGCUGUGGAGAUUACGUGCAUCAUCUGGUUUACUGCUGAGCUAGUGAUCAGGCUCUUCACUGCUCCAAGUCAAAAGAAGUUCUGGAAGAAACCACUGAACAUCAUCGAUUUUGUCUCUAUUAUCCCAUUUUAUGCCACACUGGCUGUGGACACAAAGGAAGAAGAGAGUGAAGAUAUUGAGAACAUGGGAAAAGUGGUUCAGAUCCUACGGUUAAUGAGGAUAUUUCGCAUCCUGAAACUGGCCAGGCACUCCGUAGGACUGCGGUCUUUGGGAGCCACUUUGAGACACAGCUACCAAGAAGUUGGACUUCUGCUUUUGUUUUUGUCAGUUGGGAUUUCUAUCUUUUCAGUGCUUGUCUACUCAGUGGAGAAAGAUGAUGACUCAUCAGAGCUGCAGAGCAUCCCUAUUUGCUGGUGGUGGGCAACCAUCAGCAUGACCACUGUUGGUUAUGGGGACACUUACCCGGUCACACUUGCUGGAAAGCUGCUCGGCACCCUCUGCAUUAUCUGUGGGAUACUGGUGGUAGCACUUCCAAUCACCAUUAUUUUCAAUAAGUUUUCUAAGUACUACCAAAAGCAAAAAGCUAUUGAUAGAGACCAGUGCAACAAUGAUCGCAAAGAGAAAAGCAAUGACCUACCCUAUUUUAACAUUAGGGAUAUUUAUGCAAAAAAGAUGCACUCCUUCAUUUCUAGCCUUUCUUCAGUAGGAAUUGUAGUCAGUGACCAAGAUUCAACAGAUGCCUCCAGUAUCCAAGAUAUGGAGGAUGUUUAUAACACAGUAUCUUUAGAGAAUGGUACAGGAAAAUGAAUUGAAUCACAUUUGCUUCUCUUUAUUUCUCUUCUGAUUCUUUGUAAAUGUGGACUGACAAACUUCAGUGAAUUCAUUAAGAGCAGUCAAUUCUCAGGGUUCUUAACUCAGCCAUAUUUGGACAUUCUUUGCUCUGAGGAUGCCAUAAAAGCUUCAUUGUUUAUAUGAGGCUUUAAAAUAUGCCUCAUAUAGUGGUUUAUUUUUUACACAACUAGUGUUAUGCAUUUUUGGGGACAAAAAAUUGGGAAAAGAGUUUUACAUGUGAGAUAAGUGUUUUUUUUUUUUUGUUUUGUUUUUUUUUUUUAUGGGUUUUUUUUUUUUUUUUUUUU